AUGCCAACAAAUCAUCCCAUCAAAUCACAAGAGGAGUCUAGAACUUCAUCUUUAUCACCAUUAGCUCUGCCACACUCUCCUUCAGCAAACGAUCACCAAAUAAUAGAAGACGAAGAGGGAGGGCUCCUUCAUCAUCAACGAGAACAACAGCUGCAACAACAGCUGCAACAACAACGAGAACAACAACAACAACAACAACAACAACAACAGCAACAGCAGCAGCAGCAGCAGCAGCAGCAGCAGCAACAAGAGCAACAGGCACAAGAGGAACAACAACGUCAACAGCUACUCAAAUUACAGCAGAUACAGCAACGUAUUGAAUCUAAUAGAGCUAGACAUUGCGAAAGUGAUGAUGCCAUGCAACAAUCUGCGCAACAGCUGUAUCUCUACCAUAAUGAUCCCUGUACUAUUCAAGUUAAUCAGGGUUUGACUAGUGGUAUGAUACCCCUCAAUAACCUGAAUCAUGAUGAAGUUGAUGUCAACAAUAUUCAGGGACAGUGUAAACGUCCGGCGCUUUCGUGCAGAAAUACCACCACCACCAUUACCACCACCACCAUCACCACCACAAACACGAACACAAACACUGCCACCUCCACAACCAACGACACCACUACUAAUGAGGGUACACACGAUUUUAAUUGUCCAGUUGCAAAUCACAAGUCGGACACAUUACCACCUCAAUGGUCAAAAUCGUCAACAACGAAAUCCACAAACGAUAUGAGGUCUAGUCAACUACAUCCAUACCUCAGAAAUAUGGCUGCAUUGAAGCAAAAACAAAAAUUCAGCUUGGACCAUUUUGACAAUAACAGACGUGUAAUCAAAUCCACAACGCAUCAUCAGCAUGCCAGCCAUCGCCCACUUAAACAACCACACCAGUCCACGCCUACAUUUUACAACGCUUACCUCCAACCAAAUGCUCAAUUUAUUGGAGAGCAACAAUCAGGUAAAUCGAAAUUCAGAAUAAAGGUUGAAUUUAAAACUGUUGAUUUGAAAAACUCUUUGGUAACUGGAUUCUUGCAAAUAAAUGGACUAACUAAAGACCAUCAGGAGAUUGUGACGUAUUUUAGAGGAGAAAUCAUCAAUAACCCCCUUUUCAGCCAGCAACAACAGUCAUCAUCGUCGAGUUCAGGAUUGAGUACCACAUAUAACGAUGAAUACAAGAGAUACUCAUUUAUGGCUGAAAACAAGAGUUGGGGAUCAUCAACAGAGAAUGACUUAGAUCAUUGGCAAAGACUCACAGGGAGAUCGUCGCCUAUUAUACCAACAUUCCCAACUUUACCAUAUCCAGCAUAUUCCACCUGUCCCUAUGCUGCUGCCGCUGCCGCCGCCGCCGCCGCUUCUGGUGCCACUACUACUACUACUGCGGCGCACAAUUCUUCCUUUUCGAUAUCACGAUCGAGAAAGAGUCACGAACAAAGUGUCGAAUUCAUGAACAAAUUGGCCAAGAUUUAUCGAGGACAAUGCCAAGAUGACACUGACAAUAACCAUCAAUACAUUUAUAUGAGAUGGAAAGAGGAAUUCUUGUUACCAGAUUCAAGAGUGAAGCAGAUACCCAAUGCUUCAUUCGAAGGGUUUUAUUACAUUGUUUUGAAUAUUGGUGAUGGACGUGUGAUGGACCAGGACAAUUUGGACAUGGACAUGGACAUGGAUACAGACAUCGAUAAGCAGGGCAAUUACAGUAAGACAAACAGUGGUACUAGUGGAUCAAAACCAGGGGAUAUCAAUGGGUUGUAUUAUCACAUUUCGUCGGAAAAGUUUCAAUCCUUGUCAUUGAAUCAUGUUGAUAAUCAUGGGGUCUCGAGCACAUUUGACUUCAAUUGA